CUAUCAUGGGACCGUGUAGCUCCAGUCGCUAACAGCAGUGUUUUGGGUCACCGUCGAUGCCUGCAGUAUGGCGGUAGAAACCAUCGCACAUGACUGGGAGUUUGACCGUUUUGACGACGGUUCACAAAAAAUACACACAGAGGUUCAACUGAAGAACUACAGCAAGUUUCUGGAGGAGUACACCUCCCAGCUAAGGGGCAUCGAGGAGGCUCUGGAUGACUCCAUCGGAGAUGUGUGGGACUUCACUCUGGACCCCAUCGCCCUGAAGCUUCUCCCAUAUGAGCAGGCGUCAUUAUUGGAGUUAAUUAAAACAGACAACAAGGUUCUGAACAAAGUCAUCACAGUUUACGCUGCUCUCUGCAGCGAAGUGAAGAAGCUCAAGUAUGAGGCUGAAACCAAGUUCUACAAUGGCUUAUUGUUCUAUGGAGAGGGAGUGUCUGACACCAGCGUUGUUGAAGGAGACUCUCAGAUUCAGAUGGGCAGAUUUAUCUCAUUCCUUCAGGAGUUGUCCUGUUUUGUGUCAAGAUGUUAUGAAGUGGUGGUCAACAUUGUUCAUCAGCUGGCUGCCCUCUACAACAACAACAAGGGUGCAACAAAAAUCAUUGAAUCCUCAGGUGUCCACUUCCAGAUAGUGUACGAACACCUUGGGGAGUUGUUAGCUGUUCUGCUCACACUCGAUGAGAUAAUGGAAAAUCAUGGCACACUAAAAGAUCACUGGAAGAUGUAUAAAAGGCUGUUGAAAUCUGUGCACCAUAACCCGGGGAAAUUUUCCAUUCCCGAGGAGAAGUUGAAGCCAUUCGAGAAGCUCCUGCUCAAGCUUGAGGGACAGAUGCUGGAUGGCAUGAUACUGCAGGCCUGUGUGGAGCAGAGAUUUGAUGAUCCUGGGGAAGGAGUAGCAGUUGCCAAAAACAGCGCCUUUGCCGAGGAGUUUGCCUCCAACAUUCGCACAAUAUUCGCCAAUGUUGAGUCAAAAAUUGGUGAACCAUCAGAGAUCGACCAGAGAGAUAAAUAUGCUGGCGUUUGUUGUCUCUUUGUGCUUCACUUUCACAUCUUCAGAAGUGUCGACAAAAAGUUCUACAAGGCGCUGCUGGACGUCUGUAAAAAGGUUCCAGCUGUUACUCUCACUGCCAACAUCAUCUGGUUUCCUGACACUUUCCUCCUCGCUAAGGUCCAAGCCGCAGCUAAACUGAUGGAUAAGAAGAGUCUACAGGCCAUCAGAGCACAGAGAGACACCUACCUGCAACAAAGAGCUCAAACACUAACAAAGGAUGUUCAGUCCUACUAUGUGUUUGUAACCUCCUGGAUGAUGAAGAUGGAGUCCAUCUUGUCAAAGGAGCAGAAAAGCGACAAGUUAGCAGAAGACCUGAACAGCAGGUGUAAUGUGUUUGUUCAGGGCAUCCUGUAUGCAUACAGCAUCAGCACCAUUAUCAAAACCACCAUGAACAUGUACAUGUCCAUGCAGCGGCCCAUGACCAAGACUUCUGUCAAAGCUCUAUGUCGACUGGUCGAAUUGCUCAAGGCUGUGGAGCACACGUUUCACAGGCGGUCCAUGGUUGUAGCAGACUCUGUUUCUCACAUCACUCAGCAGCUGCAGUCACAGGCCCUCAAUGCCAUUGGCAUCGCUAAGAAAAGGGUUAUCUCAGACAAGAAGUACAGCGAGCAGCGGCUGGAUGUGCUGUCGUCUUUGGUGCUUGCAGAAAACGCUCUGAGUGGACCAAGCACAAAGGAGAGACGCCUAGUGGUGUCUUUGGCGCUCUGUGUUGGCACUCAGCUGAAAACGUUCAAAGACGAGGAGCUGCUUCCUCUGCAGCUUGUGUUGAAGAAGCUUGAUCUGAUAAGUGAGCUGAGUGAGAGGGUCAAGCUGCAGUGUGACUGUAGUUUCCUUUACUGGCACCGAGCUGUGUUUCCCAUCUACCUAGAUGAUGUGUACGACAACGCCGUGGACGCUGCACGAAUACACUACAUGUUUAGUGCGCUGCGGGACAGUGUGCCCUCCAUGUUGCACGCCAAACACAUGGAAUCAUGUAACCAGCUACUGGAGAGCUACGACAAGGAGAUAAUGGACGUGUUCAAUGAGCACCUGCUGGACAAGCUGUGUAAGGAGAUUGAGAAGGACCUGCGUCUCUCUGUUCACACCCACCUAAAGCUCGAUGACAGGAACCCUUUCAAAGUUGGCAUGAAGGAUCUGGCACACUUCUUCUCCCUCAAACCCAUCCGAUUCUUCAACCGCUUCAUCCACAUCAAAGCCUAUGUGACCCACUACCUGGACAAAACUUUCUACAACCUAACCACUGUCGCUCUGCAUGACUGGGCCACCUACAGCGAGAUGAGAAACCUCGCCACGCAGCGCUAUGGACUUACGAUGACGGAGGCACACCUGCCCAGCCAAACCUUAGAGCAGGGCUUGGACGUUCUGGAGAUCAUGAGGAACAUUCACGUUUUUGUCUCACGCUAUCUUUAUAACCUCAACAACCAGAUCUUCAUAGAGAAGGCCAGUAACAACAAGCACUUGAAUACCAUCAACAUCCGUCACAUCGCCAACUCCAUCCGGACCCACGGCACAGGCAUCAUGAACACCACUGUGAAUUUCACCUACCAGUUCCUGCGAAAGAAGUUUUACAUCUUUAGUCAGUUCAUGUACGACGAACACAUCAAGUCCAGACUCAUCAAAGACAUCCGCUUCUUCAGAGAAACAAAGGACCAGUCUGAUCAGAAGUAUCCAUUUGAGCGAGCGGAGAAGUUUAACCGUGGCAUCAGGAAGCUGGGCAUCACUCCUGAUGGACAGAGCUACCUGGACCAGUUCAGACAGCUCAUUAGCCAGAUUGGUAACGCUAUGGGCUAUGUGCGCAUGAUCCGUUCUGGAGGCCUCCACUGUUGUAGCAGUGCCAUCAGGUUUGUCCCUGACCUGGAGGAUAUAGUGAACUUUGAGGAGCUGGUGAAGGAGGAGGGACUGUCAGAGGAGACCCAGAGAGCUGCAAGCAUCCUAGAUUCAGUGUUGGGAGAUCUGACCAGCAACUCUGCCGAGGGGACGGAGUACUUCAAGAUGCUGGUAGCGGUGUUUGCGCAAGAGUUUCGCAGUGCUAAGAACAUGCACCUGAGGAACUUCUACAUGAUUGUACCACCCCUGACGGUGAAUUUUGUAGAGCACUCCAUCAACUGCAAAGAGAAACUCAACAAGAAGAACAAAAAUGGAGCUGCUUUCACAGAUGAUGGCUUUGCUAUGGGUGUGGCGUACAUUCUGAAGCUGCUGGACCAGUAUUUGGAGUUUGACUCUCUGCACUGGUUCCAGGCCGUCAGAGAUAAGUACAAGAAAGAGAUGAACGCUGUGGUGAAAGAGCAGAGCGUUCAGUCUGCCAGCCAGGAUGAGAAGUUGUUGCAAACUAUGAACCUCACUCAGAAGAGGCUGGAUGUCUACCUUCAGGAGUUUGAGCUGCUUCACUUCUCAUUAAGCAGCGCCCGGAUCUUCUUCAGAGCGGACAAGACUGCAGCCGAGGAGACUCAAGAGAAGAAAGAUAAAGAAGAAGCUUCCAAAACAGGAGGUUCUUCUGAUGGCUCGACCCCGACUGAACCAGCCUCAAAGUGACCCUCACUGUGAGAUCAGCAGAUCAGAGCUCAUAACUCGAGUGCUAUAAAUUGAGGGAAGUAGACUGCAGUGAAAUGUGUGUGGAGAAACAACCGGAAACUGAUGAAACCGACAACUGAAGAAUAUUGCUUCUCUUAACGUCUCAUGACAAAGCAGUCACCUUCAUGAAUGUGUUGCAGAAGGUGUCUUUUUUGUUGCCAUUCUAAAGAAACAUCAGUGUAACAUCCCCACAGUUUUGAAGUGUUUGCAACAUUUAAUAAAUUCAGUUUGGAUUUGUAGCAUUUACGCAAGCGACUGCAUUUGAAAAGGUCAGGUGGCGUAACAAAUGUCCGGUGAAAGUGAUUGCUUACCUUUGCCAUGCUGCCUUUUGAUACUUACACAUCCAGUCUGGAUGGACUGGAGUAUUUUUCUACAGUAGAAUCCUUGGCGCUCUGUGUGUCCAAAAUCAAUGGACUGAUUUGCAGCUCUUUUGAUUUCAGUACUCGCUUCAUCUUUGUGUCCAAUGUAAUAAUUAUAAUUGAUUGUCCAUUGCCUUUAGUGGCAGCUCUGUUCGUAAUGCCUCUGUAGAUUGAUUAUAGCACAGUAAUUAGGGCCAUUUUGAGAAUGUUUUUAAUGUAUAAUCUUUUCAUGUUUGUGUGCCAUAUUUAUCUACUGCUAGUUAUUGUUUUGUCCAUUUUAUACAUGGUAUGAAUCAUGGCGUGUAUGUGCCUUUCUAAACUGUGGAUACCUGUAUCAAUAACAUAAUUUAGAAAUAAUGCAUCUAAAUAACAUAAAGUUUCUUGAUCUGUGGGUGUAGCACAACGCAAAGUUUCAUUAUUUCUCUGCAGCACUGGAGAUGUAUCAUUACAUUUUUAUUUCCCAAAUUUUGUAUCUAUCAACAUGUGGUACAUGUGAAAAGGAGGCCGUUAUUUGGUCAAAAUUACAUUCCAUGAAUUGACUUGCUUGAUAAGAAAGUUCUGUAAAGUCUUUGAAGACUAAUAAAAGAUGCACUUUCAACA